AUGUCUCUCCACGAGAAAACAGACAGUGACGACCCCAGCCCCAGCCCCAGCGCCGAUCCCAACCCCAACCCCAACCUCAACCCACUGGGCCUGGACGAGGCCGAGCUCGCGUGCCUCGCCCGCCAGAUCGAUCUCCCCGCGAGCACGGCCGGCUACGGAGCCAUCUAUCGCUAUGCGGACCGGGUGGACCGCCUCGUGAUGCUUGUCAGCGGUGUCGCGGCGUGCGGCGCUGGUUCUUCGAUGCCACUGAUGACGAUUGUGUUGGGAUCGUUGAUUGGGAAAUUCUCGGACCACGCCGACGCCGACGCCUCGCAGCAGCUGUCCUCCUUUUCCAGCGACGUCAGCAGCCUGUGCCUCUACUUUGUCUACGUUGGCGUUGGCGGUCUCGUCUGCUACAGCCUGUUCCUCGCCGGCUUCACGUGGACCGGCCAGCGGAUUGCGCAGCGGAUGCGCGCGGCGUACCUCGAGGCGCUGCUGCGGCAGAACGCGGCCUUUCUGGACGCCCUGGGCACGGGCGCGGUCACGACGCAGAUCACGGCCGACAUGAACGCGGUGCAGGAGGGCGUCUCGCAAAAGGUCGGGCUGAUUGUUCAGGGCGCGGCCACGUUUGUCAGCGCCCUCGUCGUGUCGUUCCUGCGCAGCUGGCGCCUGGCCCUCGUCCUGCUCAGCCUGCCGGUGGCCGUCACCGCCUUCAUGGUCGUCGUCGGCGUGCGCAUGAAGGGCGCGCAGGGCGCGGCCCUCGCGCGGUUUGCGGACGCGGCGUCGUUUGCCGAAGAGGCCAUCGCGUCGAUGCGCACGGUGGCCGCGUACGGCGCGCAGCGGCGGUUUGCGCGGCGCUACGACGCGGCCCUCGCGCCGGCCCUGGACGCCGACGCCCGGGCCAAGCGCUGGCUGGGCGUCUUGAUCGGCGGCAUGAUGUGCAUGAUGCUGUCGUCGUUUGCGCUGGCCUGCUGGGCGGGCCACCUGUUCCUGGCGGCCGGCCGCAUCACGACGGCGCAGAUUGUCACCGUGCAGUUUGCCAUGAUGACCGGCGCCGUGCUCUUUGGCAACAUCGCGCCGCAUCUGCAGGCCCUGGGACUCGCCGCCACCGCCGCCAACCGCGUCUUUGCCGUCAUCGACCGCGCGCCCACCGUCGACGCCGACGCCCCCGACGCCGUCACGCCCGACCGCCUCGACGGCCACAUCGAGUUCCGCGCCGUCCAGCUCGUCUACCCGGCGCGCAUCGGCCAUCUCAUCCUGGACGGCAUCUCGCUCGACGUGCCCGCGGGGUCGACCGUGGCGGUGGUCGGGCCCUCGGGGUCCGGCAAGUCCAGCCUCGUGCAUCUUCUGCAGCGGUUCUACGCGCCGCUGCGCGGCCAGGUCCUGGUCGACGGCCGCGCCAUCGAGGACGUGCGUCUGCGGUGGCUGCGGUCCAAGAUGCGCAUGGUCAGCCAGGAGCCGUUCCUCUUUGACGCGACCGUCUUCGACAACAUUGCCUUUGGCCUCGUCGGCACGGAGCACGAACACGCCGGCCACGCGGCCAAGCAGAAACUGGUCGAGGACGCGGCCAAGGCGGCCGACGCGCACGAUUUCAUCCUGCAGCUGCCCGCGGGCUACCAGGCGCGCGUCGGCGCGGUCGGCGGGCGCCUGAGCGGCGGCCAGCGCCAGCGCAUUGCCGUGGCCCGCGCCGUCGUGAGCCGCCCCCAGAUCCUCCUGCUCGACGAGGCCACCGCCGCGCUCGACACCAAAUCCGAGGCGCGGCUGCAGGCGGCGCUCGCGCGCAGCGGCCGCGCCACGCGUCGCACCACCAUUGUGAUUGCCCACCGCCUGUCGACCGUCCGGCACGCCGACACCAUCGUCGUCAUGGAGCACGGCGUCAUCACAGAGCAGGGCACGCACGCCGACUUGCUCGCCAAGGCGGGGACGUAUGCCUCGCUCGCCGCCGCCCAGGACCUCCUCGACGAUGCCGCUGCUCGGCAAGGCACAGACGUGGGAAAUGGAAGGGGAAGCGGACGCGCUGUGGCCGGUGGUGAGACGGUCCAAGCAGCUGCGGCCGCGGCUGCCGUGCUCCCGCAAGACACUGCCAAGACGUCGUCGACCGGCGAUCCGGACAAGGAGACGGAGACCCAGGCCCUGGCGCAGCAAGUCGAGGCUGGUUCCGGCGGGGCCGCCCGCCUCGGGUCGAUCGGCUUCCUCUGGGCGCUCAACCGGCCCGAACAGACCGUCAUGGCCGUCGGGCUCGUCGGCAGCGCCGUCACGGGCCUCGCCUACCCCCUGACGGCCAUCUUCUUCGGCAACAUGGUCCUCGGCUUCACGGAUCCCCGCUCGACGCUGGGCGGCCACGGCGUCGGCUUCUGGGCCGGCAUGCAGCUGCUGCUCGCCGCCGUCAUCCUCGCCGCCUUUUUGGUCCAGAACCUCGCGUUUGCCUAUGCGUCGUCGCGCCUCGUCGUGCGCGCCCGCAGCGUCGCCUUUGCCGCCGUCCUGCGCCAGGACAUGGCCUUUUUUGCGCAGCCGGGCAACAGCGCCGGCGCCCUCGCCGCCUUUUUGUCUGUCCAGGCCAACCGCCUCAACGGCCUCAGCGGCGCCAUCCUCGGCCACGUGCUCGGCAGCGUCUUUGCCGUCGUCGCCGGCCUCGUCGUCGCCGUGGCCUUUGGCUGGAAGCUGGGCCUCGUCGCCGCGAGCCUGAUGCCGCUCGUCUUUGCCACGGGCUUCGCGCGCUACCGCGUCCUGGCCGCCCUCGAGGCCGAGACCACGCGCGACACCGCCGCCGCCGCCGUCGUCGCCGAGGCCGUGCGCGGCGCCCGCACCGUCGCGCAGUGGUACCGCGCGCAGCUGGGCGGCGAGGCGCGCGCCGGCCGUGCGCGCGCCGUGCUGCUGGCCGUCCUGUACGGCGCCAGCCAGUCCGAAGCCGUCCGACAGCUGCGGCGCCUGCUGGCCGCCGUCCCCGGCAUCGAUGUGGAGGCAGACGACGCCGACGACGCCGGCGACGCCGUUGUGGAUGGGGCCGCCGAUGACCUCGCCGGCGACGUCGAGCUGCGCGCCGUGGACUUUGCCUACCCCGGCAAGACGGUCCGCGCCCUCGACCAGGUCUCGCUGCAGGCUGGCGCCGGCACCGGCGUCAGCCGUGUCGUCGCGCUGGUCGGCGCCAGCGGCAGCGGCAAGAGCUCCGUCCUCAACCUGCUCGAGCGCCUCUACGACCCGAGCGCCGGCCACGUCCUGGCCGACGGCCGGGACCUCCGCCGCUUGCACCUCCAGCGCUACCGCCGCCAGCUGGCCAUUGUCGACCAGGAUGCCGUGCUCUACAGUGGCUCCGUCAAGGACAACGUCGUGAUGGGUGACGUGGACAACGUGGAUGACAUCGACAACAUCGACGACGUCCGCAUUGAGCGCGCCUGCCGCGAUGCCAAUAUCUGGGACUUUGUGACCUCCCUUCCCGAAGGCAUCAACACCCGCAUCGGCCCACGUGGCAGCCAGGUCUCGGGCGGCCAAAAACAGCGCCUCGCUCUGGCCCGCGCCCUCUUGCGCAAUCCCAAAGUCCUCCUCCUGGACGAGGCCACGUCGGCCCUCGACUCCCGCUCCGAGCAGGUCGUGCAGCAAGCCUUGGCCACCGCCGCCGCCGGCCGCACCACCGUCGCCGUGGCCCACCGCUUGAGCUCCAUUGCCCGCGCCGACCGCAUCUACGUCUUCGACCGCGGCUCUGUCGUGGAACAGGGCAACCAUGCCGAGCUGAUGGCCAUGCGGGGCCGCUACUGGGAAUAUGUCGGCAUGCAGAAUCUGAGCAGCUGA